AUGUCUUUCAGCAUCAACUUCCAAGAUGUCAAUUCAUUCUCCAAGACGUUCAUAUCAUUGAAAGACAAUGUGCGGUGGUUUGUACAUGUAGACCUGUUCGUUUUGAGAGGCAACCUUGUAGGGCCCACCAGUGGCGGACCCACAGAGGCGCAAGGAGGUGUAGUUGUACCUCCCCUUGCCAAAAAAUUCUGUGGAGAGGUUGGAGUACGCCCCUCUUCUAGUGCCAAGGUUCUGCAUCUGAGGUGUGUUGCAAGGCUUUUCAAAACGAGGAAGAUGACUUGGGUUCAUUUGUUUGUAGCGCAAAUGACGCCGUCUUCUUAA